AUGUUGCGUCUAACGCGUCUCUUCCUGGAGAUGGCGCCAGAGCUGCAGCUGGAGUACGUGCCACUGCUCUUCACGCGCACCAUCCUCGGACCAAAUGGCGGUUUUGCCGGCGAGGAACGCCUUAUCAAAAGGGAGCUGGCGCGAAAGUACAUCGAAGAUGGCCAUGCCGUAGCUCCUACAGAUGAACUUCGACAAGGACUCUGGUGCUUUGACCCGGACACGAAUCAGUACGAUCGCUUUAUAGAACGCAAUGAUGAGUUUCUGGACUUUGCCGCACGCAAGCGACAGUGGCUUGACGUAUACUGGCGAGUGAACACGGGGUACCUGUUGUUCGGCCGGCAGUCGUGGGGCCAGGGAUUUCUUAUCAACUGCCCACUGCGAAAAAAGGAUGUGGCACAGAAGCUUUGGGAGCAGUACAAAGUUCGUGUGGACCCCAGACUUGUUGAAUUCCGCGAGAAGGACCGCCGUACAGGGAUUCAAGACCUGGGCCACAACUGGUGUUGGCUGUAUUUGCCGGGGGCAGAAGAGUUGGGCAUAGAUCGAGAGGUGUAUGACAACAAGCGUGUGAAGGUACGAAUGCACAUACGCAAAAUGACAUCCAUGUACUCCCUGUACUGA